AUGAGACAGCCACAAACAAAGAAAUCCUUUAAUAUUUCUGAUUCUUCAUACUACAUCUCUUUGGCAUGCAUCAUCACUUUUGAAAUCUACUCUCUUUAUCGAUUUUCAGUCAUUUGUAAAUCAAACAAAAUAGAGGGCACUGAAAAAGGCUUCUUUGGUAUACUGAGAGACCAUUCAGAUCCGUAAUGGGGAGAAUUUGCAGGACAUUUGACAGAAUUGAUGGUUUUUCAAUUCCUUUUUAUAUUGGGGUCCUACACUGUCAAAUAUCAUUCUAAAUAAGAAAAUAGGUAGAGAAACCUAUAGUAUUAUAACAUGAUCGUUGGAUUAAAUUAUGCAUUUUAUUUGCAUAACAUUGGAAUGAUAUUUUAGAUGAUGAUCAUCGUUUCUUUUUAUCUUUUCCAAAAGAUUUGUUACAAAAUGAAAUAUUUCAUCCCCACAUUAUGGAUUUUGGCCAUCUUAACAUUAUGGUCAAAUGAGACAUAUAAAGGAUAUGAAUUCAGUAUGAUUUCUCCAUCUUUGGCUUAUUUGGAUGGUUUCAGGAGUACAAAUCAAUUAGUUAGUUGGAAUCUUGUUUUUAAUAUGAUUUUACUAAGAAUCAUCAGUUUCUCUAUUGAUAAGGUUUGGGCAUCUCAAAUUCCUCAGCCCUUGAAAUAGGGUGAGUGGAGUUAGAGUGAAAAGUCCACUAUCAUAAAAACAUACCGUGAUAGAGUGGAAGAGUCCUAACCAUUAGAAGAAUACAACUUUAGUGGUUAUUUAAGUUUUCUUUUUUAUGUUCCUCUACUCUUCUCAGGGCCUUCUAUGGGUUAUAAUGCUUUUAACUCUUAAUUAAAAACCCCUUAAUAAAGUUUUAAUAAAUCCUAGGUGAUAAAAUACAUUUUGAGAGUGUAUUUAUUGGACUUGUUAACCUUUGAGGUAUUUUUGCAUGUGUGUUAUCCAAAUGCAAUCCCAAAAUUAGCCUAAAACUUUCAUAUCCUGGAAAAUUUUAGUGCAUAUGAGUUCCACAUAAUGUGUGUGAUGAACUUAAUCUUUUUAUGGUACAAAUUCCUUACAAUAUGGAGAAUUGCCAGAGGAUGGGCCUUAUUAGAUGGUAUUGAAACGCCCGAGAAUAUGAAUAGAUGUCUAUAUAACAGUUACAAUUUUAGUGGAUUUUGGAGAUCUUGGCAUAGAAGUUUCAAUUAAUGGUUGAUCAGAUACAUUUAUGUGCCAUUAGGAGGUACAAAAUACAAGUCUUUGAACAUGUGGGUUGUCUUCUCUUUUGUGGCAUUAUGGCACGAUUUUAAAUUGGAUCUUUUAUUAUGGGCUUGGCUAAUCUGCUUAGCUUUGAUUCCAGAGAUCGCCUUACAAAAAUACUUUGACAAGGAGUUCUUCUAUAAAAAAUGGUGGUUUGUUUACUUAUGUCAGCUGGGUGGAGGAUUCUAAAUACAAAUGAUGUGUUUAGCCAAUUUGAUAGGAUUUGGAAAUGGAUACGAAGGCAUGACAGUUGUUUUCUAUAAGUUUAUGAGUUUGGAGGGCUUGGCUUGUUUUCUAUUCUAUUGUAUAGUUAGGAAUGGGUGGAUCACAACUAUUCAAUUUAGAAUAAGAGACGAUGAGAAUGCUGAAUCAAAUGACAAGCGAUUUUGA